CCCGGUCCAGCCCGCGCCGCCGAGCGAGCAGCCAGCCGUCCGUGCGGCCGGCCGCCCCGUGCAUGCGCCCCGCGCCCGGGGGCCCCGCGCACCGAGCGCUCUGCGCGGGCGCCCGCCGGCCCCGCGGCCCCGCGCCCCGCCGCCCCGGGGCCCCGCUCCGUAGCGCAGCGCAUGGAGCCCGGCGGGGACCACCGGAGCCGGAGCAGCGGCGGCAGGGGCGGCCCCGGGCCAGCAGCUUCUUCGGCGCGGGGCCGACGGCUGCCGCCCGCCGGCUCGGGCGGCGGCGCGGAGCCCGAGGAGGACGACGGCGGGCAAGAUCUGCAGCUGGAAGGGGGUGCGUUGGGGUCCUGGGGGAGUGCCCCCCUGCCCUCCCCCAGGGCCAGGGGAACGGCGUCAUCAGGCAGGAAAUACUCAGACCACUGUGAGGCCCGGGCCUCCCGGCCUGGGAAGAGCCGCAUUCCCGGCCGUGACCACCGGCGCUACUACCACGACCACUGGAGGUUGGAGUACCUGAUGGACUUCAAUCCUGCCCGGCACGGUAUGGUGUGCAUGGUGUGCGGCAGCUCCCUGGCCACCCUCAAGCUCAGCACCAUCAAGCGGCACAUCCGCCAAAAGCACCCCUACUCCCUGCACUGGAGUCCCCGGGAGAAGGAAGUCAUCAGCCACAGCUGGGAUGCCCACCUGGGACUGGGGGCCUGUGGCGAGGCCGAGGGCCUGGGGACCCAGGGAGCUGAAGAAGAGGAGGAGGAGGAAGAAGAGGAGGAGGAGGGGGCCAGCCUCCCAGCUUGCCCACCCAAGGGUCCAGGCAAAGCCCCGGCUGGUGGGGGUGGCCGGCGCCAGCGGCGAGGGGGCCCAGUGGCACCCCGGGCUCGGCGGCGGCGCCUCUGUGCUUCCCGGAGGGCCGGGGGCGGCAGGGGGCUGGGGGCCCGGCGCCUGGAGCGGAGGCUGAAGGAGUCCCUGCAGAACUGGUUCCGGGCCGAGUGCCUCAUGGACUAUGACCCGCGGGGGAACCGGCUGGUGUGCAUGGCCUGUGGCCAGGCACUGCCCAGCCUGCACCUGGAUGACAUCCGUGCCCACGUGCUGGAAGUGCACCCCAGCUCCCUGGGGCUCAGUGGCCCCCAGCGCAGCGCCCUGCUGCAGGCCUGGGGUGGCCAGCCCGACAUGCUGCCUGAGCUUGCCCACCCCCCACCAGAAGACGACCUCGUGCCCCAGGACCUGACCAGAAAGAGCCGGGACUCGGCCCCCACUGCCGGAACCCCCUCCUCUCAGGAUCUCAGCCCCCCAGACGUAAAGGAAGAGGCUGGCUGGGUCCCUGAGAGGCCCAGGCCGGCAGAGCAGGAGCAGGAGGAGCUGGAGGAGGGCAAGGGCGAGAGGGCAGGGGUCCUGGGCCGGGCGCCGCGGGGUCGCGACCACCGCCGCCACUACCAGGAGCGCUGGCGGCUGGAGUACCUCAUGGAGUUCGACGGCGGCCGGCGCGGCCUGGUGUGCAUGGUGUGCGGGGGCGCACUGGCCUCGCUCAAGAUGAGCACCAUCAAGCGGCACAUCCGCCAGCGCCACCCGGGCUCCACGCGGCUCAGCGGGCCCGUCAAGGCGCUCAUCGCCCAGGAGUGGACCGAGAAGGCCGCGCACCUGCUGGCCCUGGGACUGCCCUGCCCCGACUCCCCCUGGGGCCCAGCCGCCCCCAGCACAGCCGCAGCCUCCGAGGAGGGGGGAGGGGAAGAGGAGGAGGAGCCAGAGGAGGAGGAGGAGGAGUGGUGGGGCGACAUCCCGCUCUCCCCCGGGGAGCCGUCGGAGCGGCCGGCCGAGGACGAGGAGGAAGAGGAGGACGGUCCGGAGCCCGGGGGGCUCGCCUUCCCGCCGCUGCCGCCGCCGCCGCCGCCUCCCCCGCCGCCUCCCCGCAGCCGAGAGCAGCGGCGGAACUACCAGCCGCGCUGGCGGGGCGAGUACCUGAUGGACUACGACGGCAGCCGGCGCGGCCUGGUGUGCAUGGUGUGCGGGGGCGCGCUGGCCACGCUCAAGGUGAGCACCAUCAAGCGGCACAUCCUGCAGGUGCACCCCUUCUCCAUGGACUUCACGCCCGAGGAGCGCCAGACCAUCCUGGAGGCCUACGAGGAGGCGGCCCUGCGCUGCUACGGCCACGAGGGCUUCGGGCCGCCCGCUCCCGCGCCGCGCGACGGGGGCGCGGACCUCAAGCCCGGCGCCGUGUGCCGCGCAUAGCGCUCUCCGCGGCCGUGCUGGGGACGGCCCCCCGGGUAUCCCGUGCUCGGCCGACCCCGGACGCUGCUGUCCCCCGCUGGCCGGGCAGGGCGCAGACGGCUCAGGGCGGCAUCGGGGACUGCGUGGGGUCACCAGCACCCCCGGGAGGGGCGCGCGCCUCCCGCUCGGUGCCAAAUAGGUCCCUGAGCUUGGCCGCCUCCUGCAGCGCACUCUCCCCUGGUCCUCCCCGCGCAGGGCCCCCACGAUUUCCCAGAAGCCAAAGCGGCCUCAAAGUGUUAGCAGGGAGAGCCCCCAGCCCCAGGCAGUGUCCCGCCGAGCCCACCAGGUGGGCCCCCCUGUCCCCUGCCAGGUCGGGGAGGGGAGCCACCGUCAGUCAGUAUUAGGGCCGGAGAGGUGGACGGGUUGGACGCGCCGCCCCCUGGCCCUUGCUGGGGGCCCCAGUUCCUUGCAGAGAUGCCGCAGGUUGGCCCCGCCGGGAGGCCUGGGGGGACUGGACUGCGGCGGGAGGCGGGGCGCCGGGCGGGAGAGGCCGGCAGGAUCCCGGGCGGGGCGGGGCGCGGAGCCGGGCGUGGCCGCGGCCCCCGUGCCGGUCUCCGCGACAGCCUCAUCCGCCUCCCAGGCCGCGGGCACGCCCUUUGAUUCUCCCGCUUCGAAGGCCUCCAUUCUCCCUUCCAGCUCCGAGUCGGGUGCCGGCUGUUACCUCGGCUUCCCGGUGGGUCCGAGCCCAGGGCUCUGGCGGUCCGGCAGUUGGCGAUGUAUUCCCGCCCCUCCUACCCCGCUUUGUCCGCGGUGGACGCGCCACCGUUCUCAGUCCCCAGGGCCUGGGGCCUGACCUUCCUUUCCCUCCCUCGGCGGCGCCAGCCUUGUGGGAGCAGGAAGGGGCCCCAGCCAUCUCCCAGGCAGGUCCGAGAGGGAUGUGUAGAUAUCGUUCUCCUGUGGAGAACAGGUGGCCUCGAGAUCAGGUCCUUUUGGCUGUUUGUAUUUUAUUUUGAAACUGUAUUUAAUGCUUUUAUAUGAAAGGGGGGAGGGGCGGGGAGAGAGCUGUCCCGAUCACCCUUAUGUGCAAAUGUCUUAUUUAUUAUGCGUGUAUCAGAGAUAAGCUGUGAGGUGGUCGAGGAAGGACCUAAAAGGAAGGAGAAAGGACUGGAUGGAGUGGGGAGGGGUGAGGGUGGGAGGACCCCAGACACCCCCUACUAAUAUGUGACUCUGGGUCCUGCUUUCAAAUGUCCCUGGGCCCCAGUGUCUGCUCUUCACAAGGCCAGGCCACUGCAGGACUACUUCCCUUGGUCUCAAGUCAGAGCUGGUGGUAAAGUCAGAGGGUGGACUUGAGGGCUGGGUCUGGAGGGUGAGGGGCUGCUUUGUUGGUGGGAAAGCAGAUGGCAUGGAGGAAGCUGCCCCUCAACUCCCCAGGCCAGAGCCCAAGGUUCAAGUGCCUCAGGCCCAGCCUCCUUGACUUUCUGGUUGGGAGCUGAAUUUUAUACCAUGGAUUUUAUAUCAUUUUUAUAUAAUUCAAGAUUGUCACAGUUGGAAGGGACCCUGGAGAUCAACUAAUGACUGCACUCCUUCCUGGUCACAGAUAGGUAAAAUGAAGACCAGAGAAGGAAGUUGUCACACAGCCAGGUAGGAACAGGAAAAGCACUAGAAUAAAAACCUCAACUCCCAGUUCAGUGUUCUUUGCACUACACCACACUGCCUCCUGAUCUCUGGUAAGUUAUUAACAUUUCUGUCACUCUUAGGCCUUCCAAAGGUUAGCUUGUGCUGGGGGCUGCAGGUCAUCCCAAUGGAAUCAUGGUCUCCUGGGAGUGAUAAAGAGCUGCACAAUUCUUGGAAUGAGCAUACGGACCUCGACAAGGCAGCUCUCAGCACUAUAGGCCUUAGCUGGCAGGUCUGGGCGAUAGCCUUAAAACUCCAGAAGUGGAGCGGACUGCCGCUGGGCUCAGCCUCCACAGCAGGGCAGGGGCUCUGGCGUUGUUGUAAUUCAGGAAGACUCCGAAUGGCCUGCCAGUUGACUGGCAAUCGGUCUCCCAAUUGACAAAGUCAAUUCCUAGUGUGUUUGGACCUCCAGGGUUUUGGAGACAGUAUUAAAAGCUUGUGAAUAGGGAUUGUGGAUGGCAUCAGGCUGGGCUCCGCCAUCCUUUUUCUUUCUUUCAUGCAUGUUGUUUUCAGUUCCAGGAUGAGUAUUCUGCCAAUUUGGCUAUUCUGCCAGGUCAAAACAGUAGGCAAAGUGGAGCAACCAAUUUUAAUCACCCAGGCCCACUGCCAAUGUUCAGGUAAGCCAGGGCAGAAUGGGUUGUCUUUUCCCUGAAUAAACAGGGAGGUAGAACAGGAGUGGAUUGGAUGUCUUCUUUACUGAGCCCCAAGCCCUCCAGUGGUUCUGAGUGUAGCCUCCUGAACAGCAUCACCUUUUUAACUUGUUUGAAAUUGUUGGGCUCCACCCCAUGCCUAAGUGAAGCAGACUGGGCCAGGAUGUGGUAACCUGCUUUGGUGAGCCCUCCAGGGAUCACCAUGUACGCUGACGUUCUGAGCACCAGUGAUCCAGGAAGGGCCACUGUAGUGAUUCGUAUUUUGACUGAAGAUACGGCGUCGUGGGUCAGGCAGUUUCCAUCUCUUAGGUGUGCCUCCUCACUUCAGUAAGGCUGACAUGAACAGAUGAAGUUUCUUCAUGAAAAUUCUUUUCUGUUAACAGUAUGCUUGCUAUUAUGGCCAAUAUGUUACUCCGAAUACAUAUUUAUAUAACAUGUUAGUGACAUUAUUUGAACAUUUGUAUGUGUAUUUGUGAAGUUGUUUGCAUCAUUAAAAAAAAAAAAUUCAACCUAAGGUUUUUAAAGAGGUAUGUUGAACAAAUUCUUAAAAUCCAGCUCAGAGGUCUCAGCAGCCUUAGUUUUCAGGAAGAGAAAAAUCAAAGGUGACCCAGUAUAUUUAAUUUCCAUUUCUCAAGGUGAUUGACUCUCCCAGUUUAAGUGCAUUAUCUGGCUAUGUGUGGUUUAUAGGCUGCUCCAUGUGGCAGGUGGGGAACUCUCCUAGGUUGGUGUGAGGCUGAGCUGGGACAACAGACCCCUCUGGUCCUUCCACUCUUCAUCUUUCAGAAACCAAUUGCACAGCUUUGCUCUACUAUGGAAAUCUGGCAAUCUUGGAAUCCUUACCAGUAUCAACUAUUAGUUACUUUUUAAAGAUUCAAAAGUGGAGUGGGGAUGGGAGGAGUGAAAGCCUUGUUUGGUUCUUACUUUACCCAAGCUGUGUAUAGAGAAUAAAGUUAGCAGAAUGACA